AUGGCUUUGAGCAUGCCUGCCAACGAGUUGGAUGACCCGGAAAUCAUCAUCUCGGACUACGGGACGUCCUUUAUUGUGGCACAGACUCCCUCACCAACUCUCCAUACCCCAUCUCUCUACUCUCCACCAGAAGAUUUAUUUAAUGAACCCAUCAUUCAACCCACCGCAGCUGAUAUAUGGACACUUGGUGUUAACUUGUAUGAACUCUUAGGCGAGCGCGUACUCUUCGAAACAUUUGCCUGGGACCGAGAUGACAUUAUCGCCGAAAUGGUCAAUACGCUGGACCAACCGCCCAUGAGAUGCACUCCCGUCUUCCGGCCUCUGCGUCAGCGACUUUGGGACAUGGGCCGUGGCGAGACGGAGCAGACGUGUCAAUGGGACGUUGCAGGUGGUGAACUACGUGCGUUGGAGGACUUCCUCAGAGCUAUGAUGACGUUUGAACCUGCGGAACGACCCAGGCGGACCAACUCCUCAGGUCCCAGUAUAUGGUGA